AUGAAGAUUUUUUCCCUCAUCGCCGCCGCCUCCGCCGCCAAGACCUGCAAAUGGAAGACCUACUGCACUGAUAUCAGCGCCACCACCACGGUGACCAACAGCUGGACAUGCAAGGAUUGCUUCAACGUCCGAGUCCAGGCCGAUCUCAACCACGUCGCUGAUGGAAACUGGUUCUCCAACAAGGACUCCGUCUACGUCGCCUUCGACGAUGAAGUCAACUUCAUCAAGGCCGCCGGACCAGUCGAUGACGUCACCUACUGGGGCGAGAACGACGGAGCUCACAUCUACCAGAUCGACUUCAUCGCCAACCACGAGUUCGGUGACCGACGAAUCGACUCCAACAUCGAGUUCAAGCGACCCGGUCUCCUCAACAUCCACGCCUGGACCAACAUCUGCCCAUGCGGCGCUGGCCCCACCGAUGUCGACCCAUGCGUCACCGAGGACGCCCCACUCGAUGACUACCCAUCCAAGUCCUGCCGAUCGAAGAGAAAGGGCAAGAAGCUCGUCUGCGCCGCCCGAUGCAACGCCGCCGGCACCGAGAAGGCCAAGCCCAACACCGUCACCAGCUGCUACCGAGAGUCCAACAAGCCCAAGAACGUCAUCGGCGAAUGGAAGUUCCGAAAGAACCGAGCUGGAUCUUGCUAA